AUGAACCUCAACCGUCUUAAGUCGACGUUAGAACGGCGAAUCCUGGAACUCCAGAAUUUGGAUUGCUCGCCGGCUGGGCUAAGCCCGGAGCGGGUGGCUGAGUUGCGUGACUGCAUUAGCGAACUCAAUGACACCUUGGCCCGCCUUACUACGUGGUGGCGGCAGCGGGCUAAGACGAGGUGGAUUGAGGAAGGGGACGCGAAUUCUCACUUCUUUCACAUGGUUGCCACGGGACGCCGCCGGGACAACCGUGUUAAUUGUAUCUUAACGAAUGAGGGUCAGCGGGUCACGGAUGCGGGGGCCAUUCGGACGGUUUUCACUGAGUUUUUCCGGGAGAAGUGGAGGGAACGGGAUGCUAGCCUCCUCGACUGGCCGGAUUUUCAUGAACAGGAUAAGGUGCCGGAGCAUUUCUUGGCCUCUCUUACGGCUGUGGUUACGGAUAGGGAGGUGUGGGAGGCGGUACAUGCUAUGGGAAAUAACCGUGCCCCUGGGCGGGACGGGAUUACCACCUCCUUUCUCAAGUUUUUUUGGGAUAUUAUUAAAGCCGAUAUGCUGCGGGCGGUUCAGGACUUUUUUAUUUCAAACACGAUGCAUGAAGAGUGGAAGGAGACCCUUAUUAUUCUUAUUCCUAAGGUGGCGAAUGCUGAUGGCCCUACCAAAUUCCGCCCCAUUAGCCUCUGUCAGUCCCUCUAUAAGGUUGUGGCGAAGAUUAUUGUCAACAGAAUGAAGCCUGUGCUUUCCUUUGUGGUCGGGGAGGAGCAGGGCGCGUUCGUGCCGGGGAGAUCUAUCUCCAAUCAUGGACUUCUUGCACAGGAAAUUAUUGGGAACUUCCAACAUUCGACGAAGCUGUCCGGUAUGAUGGCCUUAAAGGUCGACAUGGAGCAGGCCUAUGACUGCAUGGAUUGGGCCACCCUUGAGCAUGUGAUGCGGCUUAUGGAGUUUCCCGAGCAAUUUAUCAAUUGGGUAAUGUGCUGCAUCUCUUUUCCCAAAUUUCAGCUAAUCAUUAAUGGUUGCAGGAGUGAUUGGAUUUAUGGCCGGAGCGGGUUUCGCCAGGGAUGCCCCCUCUCGCCUUACCUCUUUAUCCUGUGCUCGGAGCUCCUCACGAAGGCAAUUGCCCAGCGGGGCGGGACUAUUGGUGUGCAGGUUUCGCGGCAUGCCCCCACGGUCUCGCACCUUCUGUACGCCGACGACGUGCUGGUUUUUGCGGACGCUAGCGCGAGUAAUGCUCGGACGACGAUAGCCCUCCUGCGUGAUUACUGUAGCUGGACCGGCCAGCGAAUUAAUUGUGCCAAGUCGGCAAUCCUGUUCAGCAAACGGUGUCCCCUCUGGAAGCAGCGGCGUAUUGCUCGGGAUAUUGAUUUUCGCCGUGUGCAGUCCCUUGAAUACCUUGGCAUCCAGCUGGUUAUGCGGAAAUUGACUAAAUCUGAUUUUACUAAGGUGGUGCGCUCGGUGUCCGACAAGGUGAAUGUGUGGGGACGUCGGCACCUUUCGUUGGCGGGCCGUGCCACUCUUAUUCGAACGUCGUUGCUUGCAACCCCGAUGUAUCUCAUGACACACACGGCGGUCCCCGCGGGCACCCUUAACGCCAUUGAGAGGAUGGCGAGGCAAUUUCUUUGGCAGAAGAAUCCGAGUAAAAAAGGCCUGCACUAUGUUUCUUGGCGGGAGCUCUGCUGCCCGUUAUCUGCUGGGGGGCUCGGCUUCCAUGCGUCCUCUACCUGGCAAAGCCCCUUGCGGGCCAGGCUUGCGUGGGAUGUGCUGCAUAACGAUGGAUCCCUUCUUGGCCGGACGAUCGCGGCCAAGUACGGGCUGGAUUUGUGGAACAGCCCGGUGGGACGGAGCGCUUCCGUUACCUGGAAAAUCAUCAAAGAUGGGGCGAUGGCUUUGCGCCCCAUUGUCCGCUGGAACAUAUGGAACGGCAACCGGGUAGACGCCCUUCAUGACAUUUGGAUUGCUGACCGUUGUCUUGCCCGAUGGCCGUCUUUCUUCGCUGUUGAUGCCGUGGAGGGCCGUAUGGUCUCCGACUUCCUGGAUGAUAACCUGCAAUGGCACCGUGACCUCAUCCACCUCUCGUUUGGCCCCACCUUGGCCGAACGAAUCUUUGCUAUCCCGACCCGGACUCGUGGUGGCAGGGACUCUCCUGAGCUCAUUAACCUCCCUCUGGGUACUACCAUUACUGCUCAAGCCUACAAAGGGAGCUUCCCUCCUGCUCAUUACCAAUUUCUUUGGCUCCGGAAAUUCAAGCUCCAUCCUAGAGAGCAGCUAUUUUGGUGGAGAAUUCUGCGCGGGGCCGUCCCCACGAAUGAGUGGCUGUGCCGCCGUGAGCUGACUGUGAAUGGGGAUUGCCCGUGGGACUGUAAUCAAUUGGAGACGCUGGAGCACCUUACUGUCAAAUGUAGCAUGCUUGCUGAGGUGCUGCGGGUGCUGGGCGGUUGGGGGAUUGGGAUCCCGUUCUUUGAUUCGUGGGAAGAUAUGCUGGGCGGUCUUGCGCAUGCGGCCGAGAACAACCCAAGCGGGGGCCGGCUUUACUGUUACAUCGUUUAUCAAAUUUGGCGCGCUCGGAAUGACAAGAUUCAUGCCCGACCUUACGGGACGCCUACUGUUCUUGCGGCCAAUGCCUUGGCCAUGUUGCCGAAAUGUUAUGCUAUGCCAAUCUUGGAGCAAUGGUGCACCUCUCAGCCUUCUAGGCUGUCGUCUUCUCACUGUUGGUGCACCCCCCCUCCUGGGUGGGUCAAGUUUAAUGUGGACGCUUCGGUUCGGCCCAAUGCCGUGGCCGGCCUGGGUGUGAUUGCUCGGGACCAUGCUGGACGUUUGAUUGCUGCGGUGGGAACCCAGGUGGAGCAAUGGGACGUGACUAGGGCCGAGAUUCUCGCCGGCCUUGCCUUCCAAGGGGCCAUUGAGGAGUGGAUGCACAAUCUGGAUGGGAUUAUUAUUGAGAGUGAUUGCAGGAAUGCAAUCCAUUGGCUUCAAACCGCCUUCAACCGGCUCAGCAAAUUCCAUGUUCUAACGGACGGCCCGGAUUUGUCCUUCUUGCUGGAGUUCAAGCAGGUGAUCUUCCUUUACACCCCGAGAGAGCUAAACCGCCCGGCAGAUUUCUGUGCCAAUUUAGCCUGUUUUGGCAAUACGAUUGUAAUGGCUUGGGAUAUUUGGAGCAUCGUUUUGGACCUUAUGGGAUUCCUGCGGCUUUCAUUAAUGGGUAACUCUGCAUUAAUUUUCCUAAAAUUUCCACUUCUUUAUCAAUGGAUGCAGACCGAUUGGAUCUCCGGCGCCUAUGAGCUUUCGGCAGGCUGCCCCUGUCGCCACUGCGGCGUACUGCUGGGAAUUCGGGUGUGGCCCGCGAAUGCCAACCGACGGUGCCCCUAUCUCCUCCUAACCCGCGACGUGCUGGUGGUUUGCCUCCGGCGAGGUAGUUCUGUAAGCCUCCUGAAUUUAUGGCUAUCUUUGAUUGACUAUCUGCUUCCUGGACGGGCCAGUCGGAUAUUAGAUUGUGUUGUCCAAAGCCGCCAUCCUUUUCUAGCAAGAAGUGUCCCUGUGGAAGCAGCGGUAGAUAUUGCGCUCCUGAGAUCCCUCGCCUUUCGCCACGCCAGAGGGUCAAUUUCCCUGAAUAUCUGGCUUCCGAAUUUGGCGUAUGCUAUAUGUGCUUUGAAUAUCUGGACUUCCUCAAAGUGGCUUAAUGACGGUUUUGGAGCUGACUGUGCCGGCCGGUUUCGGUGGGGGGUUGCGGUUUCAUGCGCGUCAUCUCCUAUGUGGCAGAGGCCGUUCGUGCUGUUUGACUUGGGAAGUGGCUCCAUAAUAGGGCUCGGCUUCGGACGGUACUGUUUUCUGGCGAAAUAUGGGACAGGAUUCUGGACUAUUUCUGGGUUGGGCGGAGUUGUCUUCCGUAUCACUGUGAGCCUGCACCCACCGGAGAGGACAUUUUGGAGUGGCGAGUUACUCUCAGUGACACGCGAGCAUGACACGAGACUUAAUUUUGCUGUCGCUCGGCGUGGGCUGCCGAAGUCCUCACCGUACAACAGUGGGGCAUGUCAUCUGGACGAAGGACAGGCGCAGGCGAGAGGUUCCAGUGAUGGCAGCUGGCAUUCCUCUACAUACUGA